UGCAAGCUGGCCCUGAGCUGCUUGGUGUUCUAGAGAACCGAUUUUUCUGUGCUCACUGAGUGUGCCAUGAUGUGACUUCCUUGUACCCUGGUCAAUCUACCGACACAGGAAAAAAAAUGUUCAGUUUUCAGGAGGAAACAUUACAGAUGAAACCCCAUUACCCCAUUUUCUGAUGAGAAUACAAAAUGUGGGGCAUGAAAACCCGACAACAGUCUGAGUCUGCCUCAAGUUCAGUCGCAUCUGCAGGAGCAGCUAAUGGCAGCCCAGCUGUUUCACUGCGUUCAACAAGAAGGAAGACUCGAGGAAGCUCAAAAAUGAGCAGAAGAAGAAUUUCCUGCAAAGACCUUGGCCGUGCUGACUUCCAGGGAUGGCUAUAUAAGAAGAAGACCAACAAGGGCCUUAUUGGCAACAAAUGGAAAAAGUACUGGUUUGUACUGAAAGGGACCUACCUGUACUGGUACACCAACCAGGCUGCAGAGAAAGCUGAAGGCUUCAUUAAUUUACCAGAGUUCAAAAUUGAUCAAGGCACCGAGUGCAAAAGGAAACAUGCAAUAAAGGCCAGCCACGCUAAACUCAAGAGCUUCUACUUUGCUGCAGAGAAUGCUGAAGACAUGGGCACCUGGAUUAAUAAAAUGGGAUUAGCUGCCAUUCAGUAUGUCCUACCAGCCUCGGAAACUAAAACUGAAGCAGAAUGUUGGAGUGAGAGUGAGCAGGAAGAUGGAGAACCUGCAAUGGAGACACCUUCCUUAUCACAAGCAUCGCAACUACAAGAAUAUCAUGAACCUUCACUUCAAUCUCCAUUCACAUCCAGCGAAACAUCACUUUCGUUUUGUUCAGCAAGCAGGGCAUCAUCCACAUCCACAUUGGCAGCUUCACUGUCGCAAUGUUCCUCGCAGGGAAGUCAAUCCUGGCCUGACGAUGUUAAUUCAUCACAUAAUGAUAUUGAAAGACAGUCCUUAACAUCUGAGGUACAAAACAGUGCAGGAUCAUCACAGCAAGUGACAUGUGAAAAUGCUAAAGAUGAGCUGAAUAGGAUUACUUCUGCAUCAGAUGAGAAUAUGACUGCAGUCAUAACACAGUCUGUUGUUGCUGGAGAAGGUACUGAAAAUUCAGGACACUCAGAUGUUUUAAACACUUGUGAGAAAGAGCAACCACAGAAUUCUGAUGAAAUGGAGCAGCUGUACAAAUCCUUAGAGCAAGCAAGUCUUUCUCCGACUGGAGAACGCCGAUCUUCAACAAAGAGGGAUUACAGGAGAUCGUUUAUAAAGCGUAGCAAAAAUCCUCUUAUCAAUGAAAGACUGCACAAAUUCAGAGCAUUGAACAGUACUUUAAAGUCCAAAGAAGCUGACCUGGCUGUAAUAAACCAGCUCCUGGAAUGUUCAGAGUUGACAUCAGAGAAAUUCCGACAAUGGAAGGAAGACUAUUCACUAUUGCUGCAGGAUAUUUGCAAAGGAUCCCAGCCUAAGCUCUGCUCAGGGAGAAAUGCUGGUAGAAUGGAGAAUCAGGGUUCAUCAUCCAUUGAAACAGAUGUUUGAGAUUGGAGAUUUAAUUUAUUCAAAUAUGGUACUUAACUGUUUUCUGAAGCACUAAGAGGUCCAGGACUUCCAGCAAGCCAAUACAGCCUGCAAACAAUGAAAGUCAUCAACUGAAGUAACAGUGUUUCUGGUGAUUUGAAGUAGUCCUUUUUACUUUUCAUUACAGGACUAUUUUUAUUUAAUUUACAGGCAAUUACACUGAAUAAUGGCUACAGUUGUUGUUUGUAAGUAAACAGCUCUCUGAAGUGUACAAAUUUAUUGGGGACAUUCUCACCAGUUAGGGAAUGUACACACAUUCAUUGUCUAUUUUGUGGUAUUCUAUUUAUUCUGCAAUCGCUAUUGUGCUUAAAAUUGUUCUGAAGCCUCUAGCAAUUGAAAUAUAUUUGCACAUGUAAAAAUUUUGUACAUACAAAAUUCCUUUUAAGCAACAAAUACAGUAUCAGUGACCUCCCUGAAAGUAAAUUGGCAUACUUCCAUUCAAUUUCAAUCUUUAUUUUUAUUUGAAUAGUUAACUAUUACAAAUGGAAGCAUUACCAUAUUUAAAAUGUCCUUAGAUAUGUCCUUGACCCACAGGAUUCUGGAGCUGGUGCAAGAAAUUGGAUGAGAUGAAUUGGUUCUUUUCCAGCAAUGGUUAAAUGACCUUCUACUGUGUCUUAAAUCUUCUAGCAUUUCACACCGUACAUUUACAUUCUCUUAUAAUUAAUUGUACUAAUCAAAGGUAUGAUGUAAAGCAUAAUAAACUGAGGAAAUAUUGUCUAUUCUUUGGCCAUUAUCAGUUUCUCUG